AUCUACAUAUCUAUGGUAUUAUGGGUAAGUAUUCUAAAUAUUUCAUGAACAAUAUUAAUGUUAUUCAGGUUCAACCUUUGCGACAUACAACACCCCUUUAAUAUUAUUUUUCGUUUAUAGGUGUGAUACGUUUUAAACUGGUUUAAAUUUUUUCAUUUUGGCAGUGACAGGUUGCCAUAUCUUCUGUCACCCUUAAUUGGUGUCUCCUUCUCGGCAACAAUUUACUUACUUUAGGAAAACAGAGAUGCACACUUUCUGGAAUAUUCCAGAAACAGUUACAUAUCUUAUUCUGGUGUUGGUAUUAUGCGGCAAAAGAGAAGGACAGACAAUUUCAGCCACAAUUAUUUCGUGAUUAUUUCUACAGAGUUCGGUGUGCCGGUACACUGUUCGUGAAUAGCGAAAUAUAUUUUUAAAAGUAAUAAAUUUUGUGGUUAGAAGCCGAAAACGUGUUCUGCAGUCUUAGUGCUUGUAUCCCUAAUAAAAUCAGGAGAUGGCCGCUAUGUCUGUGAUAGGAAUUGACCUGGGAAACGAGUCCUGCUAUGUAGCCGUUGCGAAGGCAGGAGGAAUUGAAACUAUUGCAAACGAUUAUAGUUUAAGAGCUACACCAUCAUGUAUUGCUUUUUCUGGAAAGAAUCGUAUUCUUGGAGUAGCUGCAAAAAAUCAGCAAGUUACCAACAUGAAAAAUACUGUUUAUGGUUUAAAAAGAUUGUUAGGUAGAAAAUUUAGAGAUCCACAUGUACAAAGAGAAAUAAAAAUGUUACCAUAUUCAGUAGUGGAAGAAAAAAAUGGAAGUAUAGGUAUCAAGGUAAAUUAUUUAAAUGAAGAACACAUAUUUUCACCAGAACAAUGCUUAGCAAUGUUACUUACCAAGUUAAAAGAUGUAGCAGCUAUUGCUUUACAAACUCCUAUAAAUGACUGUGUUAUAUCAGUACCCUCCUAUUUCACCAACAAUGAACGGAAAGCAUUAUUGGAUUCUGCAACUAUUGCAGGUCUCAAUGUUCUCAGGUUGUUUAACGAGACAACAGCCACAGCAUUAUCUUACGGCAUUUAUAAACAGGAUCUCCCAGCACCAGAAGAAAAACCUCGCAAUGUUGUUUUCGUCGACUGCGGUCAUUCAUCGCUGCAAGUAUCCGCUUGUGCUUUUAACAAGGGUAAAUUAAGGAUGCUUUCUACUGCUUCUGAUCCGAAUUUAGGUGGAAGAGAUUUCGAUUUGCUCAUUGCGGAGAAUUUUUGCAAACAGUUCCAGACCAAGUAUAAUAUCGAUGCAAAAUCGAAUCCAAGAGCAUUUUUAAGGUUACUAGCUGAGGUAGAAAAGAUUAAAAAGCAGAUGUCGGCAAAUUCAACUACCUUGCCAUUAAAUAUAGAAUGUUUCAUGAAUGAUAAGGAUGUGUCUGGUGAUAUGAAAAGGACGGACAUGGAGGCGCUUGCUGGUCACUUGUUCCAGAGGGUCGAAGUUACUUUACGACAGUGCUUAGAAGAGUCAGGCUUAUCCAUAGACGAUAUAUAUUCCGUUGAAAUAGUUGGUGGCUCUAGUAGAAUGCCCGCCCUCAAACAGCUCAUUGAAAAAGUAUUCAAAAAUGUUCCUAGUACCACUCUCAACCAAGAUGAAGCGGUAAGCAGGGGAUGUGCUUUGCAGUGCGCUAUCCUGUCCCCGGCGGUUAGGGUUCGAGAUUUCAGUGUGACUGACGUUCAGAACUACCCGAUUGUCGUGUCAUGGGAUGCAAGUCCCGGUGGUGAAUCGGCAGGGGAGAUUGAGGCUUUCCCAAAGAACCAUGCCAUCCCAUUUUCCAAAAUGUUGACGUUUUACAGGCAGGAACCGUUCUCCAUUAGGGCAAAGUAUUCUGGAAAUAUACCAUACCCAGAACACAAUAUAGGCACCUGGUUUAUCAAGGACAUCAGGCCAAAUACCGAAGGGAAGCCCCAAAAGGUCAAAGUGAAGGUCAGGGUGAAUCUACACGGGAUCAUGACGAUAUCCAGCGCAUCGAUGUACGAGGCCAAAGAGUCGGUGGAACCCGAAAGCCCCGAGGAGCAACAGCAGAAGGAACCACAAGUGAACCAGCAGAAAUCGCCCGAACAGCAGCAGAACGAAACGGAAACACCCAUGGAUACUAAUAACGGGGCUGCUCCUGAGGUAGGCUCCGGCUCCAGCUGGACGAAGAAAAUAUCUGCCUGGUUCAGCGGGGAAGGCGAUAAAGACAAAAAGAAGAAGCAAUCCGUGAAAAGUGUCGAGCUCCCGAUUGAGUCCAUCACAAACGGCUUCUCACAAGUCGAACUGAAUCAAUUUACCGAACAAGAGUUUAAGAUGAUCGCUUCUGAUAAACAGGAAAAAGAGAGGGCUGACGCCAGGAAUGCUUUUGAAGAAUACGUUUACGAGUUGCGUAGCAAAGUUUCCUCCGAUGAUGAACUGGCUCCCUACAUUUUGGAAAAUAACAGGGCCGAGUUGGUUAAACAACUCGAUGACAUGGAGAAUUGGUUGUACGAGGACGGAGAGGACUGUCACAAGCAAGUGUACAUAGACAAAUUGGCUCAGCUGAAAUCUAUCGGGGAACCGGUUCAGACAAGGAAAGUGGAAACGGAGCUCAGACCCGUCGUUAUCGAAGAUUUUGCAAAGUCUUUACAGCUUUGUAUGAAGGCAUUGGAGUUGAUUAGAUCAAAGGAUGCAAAAUACGCUCACCUCUCCGACGACGAUAUCUCUAAGGUAGAUCAAGCAUUUAAAUCUUCUUACCAGUGGUUGGAACAGGCUAGGGUAAAAUCUGCGACCGCCCCCAAACACCUUCCGCCACCAGUCACAGUCGCCCAGAUCAGACAGGAGAAAUCGAACUUUGAGAACACGGUUAAUUCCGUACUGAACAAACCUCCACCAAAAGCACCGUCUCCCCCGAAGGAGGACAAGAAUGCCGGCGAUCAACAAAAUUCCCAGGAGCAAAACGGCAACCAGCCACAACCGAGUAGCGAAAAACCAGAAGAAAACAUGGAGUGGUCCCCAACAAAUUAGGUUAAUUAGGUGUCUUGUAAAUUAAUAUAUUUAAUAUAAGGGGCUAUGCCUUCUUUAAACUAAAUUUUAAAAUAAAGCUUACACAUUAUGUAAAAUUUUGCUAUCUUGCAGAUAUAAAUUGCGGAAGUGAUGUUUUACUGCAGAGUAUACAGCGUGAUCGGUUAAGGCUGGGGCGUGGCGGUAUCUUGGACACCCAUCGUGCCGCGAUUUUCAGGUAAAAGAUCUUUUAACAAGUAUGGCUGAAAUAAGUUGGUAUAAAAUAUUUUUAAGUUCAUUGGUUCAUUAAUAUUUUCAAAUAUUUUGGUUCCAUGCAGGUCGGAAAUAUGUCUUUUAUAAUCUCCAUUCAGUCCAUAACAAAUUUGGUUUGAACAAUUUUUUUUCUAAUUGCCGCAGCAACAAAUUUCUCAAAACUUGGGUUUGCCUUAUCUGAAUUUUAAUGGUCUCGAAUCUAAUUCAUUUUUAUUGUAAAAAAAAUAAAUUAAUUUGUAUGCUGAAUGAUAUGGGUGUUAUUUAAAACAAAUACUUGGGCAAAUUUCUUAAAAAUUAAAGUGAAUCCCUUUGAUUGCUUGAAAUAGGAUUAAGCAAAUAUAAUUGUAAAAACGAGGAGUCCAUAUCUUUUUCGAUUUUGAAAUUGAUGCAAUAAUAUUGCGGGAGUGUCAGGAUAUCUGGUGUAAAUACAGUAUUUACGAAUAAAUAUUAUAAUUUUUUUGUAAUACUGAAUUGAUAGACCUUUUUAUUAGGACUUUUAAAAGAAAAAAAAAAUGUAAUUCGCUUAGAGCAAUUAUUUUUUUCCUCGUUUCUUUUGGUGAAAAAAAUUAAUAAACCUUAGCUGUUGUUUUCAUGAAACUGUAUAUUUUUGACCAUUCAAAAAUCUCACUGAAAGACCCAAAAAAUCAAACACCACUAUAUCACGUCACUUAGUUAACUUUUCAAAAAUCAAUCUAUUUUUGUUUUCAAAACCAUGACAUUUUUUUUUUGAACGUUCAAAAACGUAAGUAAUUUUAGGAUAAAAUAUCGAGGACAUCAUAUCAGAAGGGCGUACGAACCAAAUCUGAAAUUUUACAGGCAUACGCCUUUCUGAUAUUAUAGUUUUGCAAAAUUGGUUCAUACGCCUAAGUAAAAUGCGUUAGAUUAGAGUGUUGAUGUUUAUGAAUAUAUACGCCCUUCUGAUAUAUUAAGCGAAUUGAUUAAAUGAGGUCAUACGCCCUAAAAACCCAAAACCGACUAUAGUGGCUCUUACGCUCUUCUGAUAUGAUAUCAACUAUGGAAGCAGACAAUAAGCAAACAAAAUUUAAAUGAAAACGGUAUGAUUUUUAAAACAACUAAAUGAAGUGUAUUAUCGAUGCGUUAUUUUUUGUUUAUUUUUUAGACUUGGGUAACCAAAAAUUGUUUCAUAAAAAACUGGCUGAUUCCUUUGGUCCGAGGGUUUAUUUGACAAAUUUUUUCACAUAUUUUUCUUUAAAAGUGUAAUGCAAAAAUGCUAUCAGAGCCUCACUAGACUUUUUUCAUUUUAAAAGAAUCGUGCUUACCGCGGACCCUUCGACACGCCACUUUUUAUAAUCAUUCUAAAACGGAAGCAGAUAUGGAUCCCCUGUUUUCAUCUUUAUUUUUCUUAAUUAAGAGGGCUCUAUAGCAAAUAGGCAACCAACAAUACAUAUUUAUAGAUUUUAUU